UUGUUUACUUUGGUUUGCUUUGAAAGGCGCGAGCAGAGUCGGCUCUUCAGUGCACGUUGUGGGUAGCGUGGCGUCGCGUCUGUUCUCGGAGUAGGCUUGAGCUGCUUGAGCCGUGUUUCAUUUUUGACGGUGUUUGUGGUGGUGAUGUGUGCUGUCUCAAGCCUCCGCUUUGGAUGCAAACGUGACGGAAUACGCUGCUGAAAACUGCUCCUCGCCCGGUUCGCCUGGAGGUUGACAACUUGGCCGCGUUUUGGAGUGUUGUGUUGACAACGCUGCGCUGACAACAUGGGCUUGCUGCUGGUGCCGCUACUCUUCUCUAUCGUGUGGCGCCUGGCGAGCGCUGCCGAGGACAAGUGCUUCGUGGAGACCGCCAUCCGGGAGACGCAGCUGUGCAGCAACGUGUUCAAGAAACACGUGACCGACAAGACCUUCAACGCCUCGGACCCCAAGGACCUCAAGGAGGCCUGCUGCUCCGUGGACCGUCUGGAGCGGUGCUUCCAGGCGGCCGCCUUCAACUCGGGCUGCAAGGAGGAAGUGAGCGUGCUCGUGUCGUCUCUGAUCAACGUGGCCCGGAACCUUCUGGGCAACGUAUACAAGACCAAGUGCAAGUACUACAACUGCAACUCCGCCGCGGCGCCGUCGUCGUCUGCCCUAGCCCUGCUGCCGCUCCUGGCGUUGACACUCUUCAACAACAUGCGCGCCUUAUAGCGGGACACCCGGUAACCUCACCCACGUGACGGGUCGUGGCUUCGGACGGUCUCAUCACGGGGUUGCGGACGUGUCUCGCAAGCGGCCGGGUGUGUCGCCCUGUGCUCAAGUACUUUUUCGGAGUCGGAUGUUGCGGCAAGCAAUAUGGCGGGUGAUUCUUCUUGCUGUGGUGGUGCGUGCGGGCGCGUGGACUCCUUCCGCGCAGUCUGAUGUCGUCAUGUACUUCAGCGGAACGGUUUGAUGACGUCAAGUACUUUUUCCGCAUGGCUCUGAUGACGUCAUGGGGUCUCCAGCGUGGAUUCGUCCAGACGAGGGUGCUUGUUGGAUGGUUAAGUGACGUCAACGCCUCUUUGAUGUAGCUCCGAUCUGGGAGUCGAACACGUUGAUGGUGACGAUCGAAGCACAAUCUCGCGCUGAGGACUGAUCAGUUGGACCUAUUGGCGCUGAAGUUUGGAUUCUUUUUUCUUCUUUUAUUUUUGAUUUUGUAGAACUCUGUAGGUCCUAAUUCUCAGUCUAAAUAAUUUAGGAUCAUCUUCUAGCUGUGACGUGAAUGUUAAGCUUGGGCGCUCCUCGAAGAAUGCGCCUGUUGUUCUGACGCUCUGGUGACGCUCGCUGAAACGACGCAAAGAGAUCCCAGAGCGUUAACUGGAAUAACGUUGUUCAUUUACAGUGUGUUUUGUAUGGAUCAGUUUUGUUAUUGUGCACUCACCGCUGUGUCACACUUGAAGAUCAGUUCGGGCCAAUUGUCCUCUUCAGAAAGGGUGCAAACGGUCACGUUAAAAAUAUCAUUCAAGAAUGAUCUACAUUACAUGCAGAUCAAACGGUCUGGCUAUCGUCCCCCGCCCUCUAGUAAGCAAACUAAAAUGCUCAAUAUUCGUCAUUUGCUUCGUUGCCUGGCAAGGCAAGCCUUUCGUUAUCGUUUGUUUGUUCUCCAAACACUUGUGUUUUUAUUUUUGGCAGGAUCAGACUCGUGAACUCCUCACAGUCAAGAGUUACAUAUUGUGUUAUUGUACGAGUGAACUACAAGAAAAAGUAUACUUAAUAAGAGAAACAUUUAAGAGGGCGGUUAGGUGGCAGCGCGAGGGAGUGUAUGCAUACUGGCGGGCUCCAUUUAAAACUUACCUUCGUUCAAGUCUUCCCCCCUCUCCCCCAAAUCUAGUUCGCACAAACCUUCAACUUGGCAAAGUAAAAAAAAAAAAAAGAUGUUGCUGUGAAGAUUAGUUAUUGGAUUGUUUAUUUCGGCGCAGAGGGAGAGGGAGAAGCGAGGAGAAACAAGUAGUACAACUAUAAUCACUGAAAAGGUCAGAACGGCAGGGACGGACGUCAGUUGCCCCGGCUCCAGCGGCAGCUUUCUACCUUCGACAGUGCUUCGGCGUCUCGGGCACUUGGAGUGCGUAGACAAAGCACAGCGGAAGGCAGGAAGCGCGUGCCAGAGGCUGGGCGGUCGAAAGACACGCCCUGCCCUUCUCAUUCCGUCAGUGACUAUAAGUGUGUGUAUUCGGGAAUAGUUUCGCAGCGGCUCGCAGAGUGGCGCUCCAUACGUGGCGUUGCCUCGCGUUCUGUGUGGUUCAUGCUCCGUACGUCUUCCGUAUCGAGUAAUGCAAUAUUGUCUUGCCGAAUAAUGAGCUACAACCUUCCAUCACGUGUUACAUUCACGUAUAUGAAACGCAAGAUGGAUGGAGCACGCGUGCAGUGUUGAGCGGGAAACCUGGCGCCAUCUGGUGAACCGGUGUCACUAGAUAAAAAUACGCCAGUAAGUGGGGAGGCCUCUUUGCAUUCUCUCCUCUUCCGAAGCGUGAGCGCUUUGAUUCUGACCACCUUGUUGCAGUGCGGGGGUGGGGAGUGGAUACAACAAACCAACUGGGUUGGUUCCAUCCGAGUAUAACAAUGCAGCGGAGGUGUUUUCUCCGAAUGAGUGUGAAUGUAAAGAAGGAAGUACUUGUUGAUUUUGUAAUGUCGUGUUUAUUUUUAUUUGAAAAAGCCUCACUUAAAAAAAAAAGCAGGUCGUGUUUUUUAUGGCCUCUUCUUUUUUUCUCGCAAAGUCCUCAAUCGUCGUACCUUUUAGGAAGAGAGUGCUUAUUCACUGAAUACACCAAAGAUUUCGAUCGAGAGAGUUUCAAGAGUUAUAACUUGUCUACGUGUACCACCUCUCUUCGUGGGGAAAUCGUGUUGCUUCGAAAUGAAAUUAAGAAACAAAUAUUUUGCGGGUGUUGUGUCGGAGCGUGUGUUACGAUGAUUCGCCCGAUCAGGAAGUGGCUCUAGGGAGAUGUUACUGUUGCCUGUAGUUUGCUCACAGUCUCUUGCGCUCACCCCGACGUUACUUAUCUAUACUAUAUACUUAUGUUUUUAUGCUCUUUUCGUAUUAUUUAGAGAAGAAAGGGCGAUGCAUUGCCUUCCGACUUGGGCCCACGUGAUCAGAAUGAUUUACGGCUUGAGAGAUUUCACAGCUGAUUGUCUUCUUGUGAGUUUUGUGUUACUUUUUUUGUUUCCUGAGAUCGAUACCUCUUUCACAUGUUUCUUCUUUUUUUUCUCUGGGUACUGCGAUUGUUGCAAACAUUAAACCUGCCGAUGAGUUGUCUUUUUUGAA